AUGCUCCGGAAUUUAGAGCUCGCCAUGCGCAAGCGCAAGCCCGAGGAGAACCAGGGCAUCUCGGCCUUCGCGCGGGGCGCGCGCGGCGGCGAGGGCCUCGUGCGCAAGGACGAGACCGUCGCCGACGACCGCGGCUUCGGCAUGCGCGAGAUGAUGGCCGACGUCGCGGAGUUCAAGGCGGCGCGGCUGCGCAAGAACCGCGAGUACGAGGGGCUCGUCAAGGAGAAGGAGAUCCGGGGCAUGGACAAGGUCAAGUGGGCGCCGAACGCGCAGAACCGCGCGCUCGACGACCUGCUGGAGAGCUUCGACAAGGCCGCGCCCGACGUGCCAAAAACGCCCGACAUCGGCGAUUUGACGGCGCCGUCCGCGCGCGCGGGCAACCUCCGGCCGCCGAGCCGCGGCGCGUCGACGCCGGGCUCGGGCUCGAGCCGGCCGCCGACGGGCGGCUCGAGCCGGCCGAACUCGCGCGGCGACAACGCGCGCAUCCGCGAGCUCCGCAAAGCGUCCCGCGCCGCCAACUUCGCCGCCACGCUCCGCGCGGGCGUCGACAGCCAGGGCGCGUUCCGGUCUUUUGGUCUGAUUCCCAGGUCUUUUGGAGACAACACGCCGACGGACGACUACCCCACGGACGACUACACGCCGACGGACGACUACCCCACGGACGACAACACGCCGACGGACGACUACCCCACGGACGACAACACGCCGACGGACGAUCGUGGAUACGACGAGGACAGCAUCUACUACCUCGUCACGUUCAACGACAACCGCACGAACUACGCGUUCCGCUCCACGGACCUCGAGCUCCACCAGCCCCGCCACAACUACCAGCUCUGGUGGGUCCAGCGCACGCGCUACAACUUCAUCGUCCAGAAGAAGAAGGCCAUCCGCGUCACGGAGCCCACGUGCACCUUCGACUCCAUCAACGACCGCUACUUCCCCUACACGAUCAUCCGACCCGACGGGUCCUACAUCGAUACGUUGAUACUUGAAGAUCCCCUUGAUUUUCUUCACCUUUACUGCGAGUUUCGAUGGAUGAUGGUGGACGCUUUUGAACUGUGGUUCUUGCUGCUCCCGGCGGUCGCCCGCGCGGGCCAGUACGGCUUCAUCCAGGACGGCUCGACCUGCGGUACGGUCGUCACCUACACGUCGGGCUGGUAUAACGUCUGCGACGACGGCUGGGACAUCGUCGACGCCCACGUCUUUUGCCGCGACGCUUACGGCGGCGUGGGCUACGCCAGCCCCUCCGGGUCCUGGAACUGGUACGCGAACGAUACGACGGUGCAGCUCACCGAUGGCGCUUACGGCGUGGGCUACGACGACCUCGCGUGCUCGGGGAGCGAGGCGUACCUCUACCAGUGCGCCGGCACGACGGCGCACAACUGCGGGUCCUCGGAUUACGCGGGCGCCUGCUGCACCUCGGGGACGAUCCAGCUCCUCGACGGCCCGGACGCCUACUCGGGCACGAUCUACGUGCUCAACCCGCAUACGAACACCUGGGGCAACGUUUGCGACGACGCGUGGGACCUCGCCGACGCGGACGUCGUCUGCCGGCAGGUCUUCGGGACGGACUACCAGGCCUACAUGGCGACGGCGAACAACUACUUCGGGUCCGCGGCCAACGACGGCAACUUCGUCUACGACGACAUGGGCUGCUACGGCUAUGAGAACUACCUCGCGGCGUGCACGUACACGCACACGCACAACUGCGGCAACGGCGAGCAGGCGGGCGUCAUCUGCGUCACGCCGACGCCCAACCCGACGCCACUGCCGACGCCCCGGCCCUCGACGGCCGCGCCGUCGCCGGCCCCCUACGGACCGUCGCCCCUGCCGUCCGCGGCGCCGUCGGCGUCUCCGGUCGCCCACACGGGCCAGUACGGCUUCAUCCAGAGCGGGAGCACCUGCGGCACGGUCGUCACCUACACGACGGGCUGGUACAACGUCUGCGACGACGACUGGGACAUCGUCGACGCCCACGUCUUUUGCCGCGACGCCUACGGCGGCUGGUCCUGGAACUGGUACGCGUACGAGGCGACGGUGCAGCUCACCGAUGGCGCUUACGGCGUGGGCUACGACGACCUCGCGUGCACGGGCAGCGAGGCGUACCUCUACCAGUGCGCCGGCACGACGGCGCACGACUGCGGGUCCUCGGAUUACGCGGGCGCCUGCUGCACCUCGGGGACGAUCCAGCUCCUCGACGGCCCGGACGCCUACUCGGGCACGAUCUACGCGCUCAACCCGGCGACGAACACCUGGGGCAACGUUUGCGACGAAGGGUGGGACCUCUCCGACGCGGACGUCGUCUGCCGGCAGGUUUUUGGGCCGUACUACCAGGCCUACAUGGCGACGACGAACAACUACUUCGGGUCCGCGGACAACGACGGCAACUUCGUCUACGACGACGUGGGCUGCUACGGCUCCGAGAACUACCUCGCGGCGUGCACCAGUACGUCGAGCCACAAUUGCGGCGACGGCGAGCAGGCGGGCGUCAUCUGCAUCACGCCGACGCCCAACCCGACGACGGCCGCGCCGUCGCCGGCCCCGUCUGCGACACCUCUCCCGACGCCCCUCGACGCGAGCUACAGCUACGAGUACGAGCUCCUGCUCGAGUACUCCUACUCCUACGGCGAGCAGCGGGACCUCGUCGCCGCCCUCGCCGACGCGCAGCCCGAGAUCCAGAUCUCCGGCGACGUCGAGCUCUACUCGCAGCUGGCCGUCGACUACACCGCGCGGAUCUCCUCGGACACCGGGGACCGCGCGAUCGACGGCGACGGCUUCACGCGCCUCUUCUACGUCACGGGCCACCUCACGCUCGACGGCCUCGUGCUGAAGAACGGGCUCGCGGACGACUCCUCGUCGCCGUCGAUCCACGGCGGCGCCGCGUACGUCGCGAGCGGCGGCUCGCUCGCGCUUCGCAACUGCACGCUGGUGUCGAACCGCGCGUCGCGCUCGGACCCCAGCGGCGUAGCGAACGGCGGUGGAAUUUACGCAGCAGGCAGCCUUACUACCACGGACUGCCUCUUCUCCGGCAACUUCGCCGACGGCCCAGAUCUCAACUGGGGCUACGGCGGCGCGGUCUACUCGAGGGGCGGCUGGAGCGCGACGCGGUGCGCGUUCACGGACAACAUCGGCGACUACCAGGGCGGGGCCGUCUUCGUCGGCGGCGGCAGCACCUAUUUGGACUCCUGCACGUUCGCGGGCAACGCGGCGCCGUACAACGGCUACGGCGACAACGUCGGGAUGAACGGCUCCGCCAAGGUCUACGCGCUCUCCGUCACGACCGACGAGCAGGACUGGUACCUGCGCGGCGACGCCUACGGCACGCUCGCGCUCUGCGACACGCCGGGCGUCGUCGUGACGGGCUCGAAGGCGAGCUUGGCGACGGAGGACUGCUCGUGGGCCCCCGCGGCGUUCUGGCCCGCGCCGUCGGCCGCGCCGACGACGUCCGGCUACAGCUACCUCUACGAGUACAUCACCUUCUCGUACAGCUACGAGUCGACGCCGACCGCGUUCGCCGACAAGAGCGAGCUCCAGGCGGCGGUCGACGCGUGGCUCGCGGACUCGGACGCAGCCGAAGAGACCUACGCGCCGACGUCCUGCCGCGACGUCUUCACGACGGCCGUGUGCGCGGGCUUCGUCGCGAUCACCGCGGACGCGUGCGAGACCGUCUUCUGCCUCGACGGCUGCGGGCACGCCGGAAUGUGCGACCUGACGUGCGGGAGUUGCUGGGAGAGCGCGACGCCGGUCGUCGCGCCGACGAGCGGCCCGACGAGGACGCUCGACUCGCCGAGCUCCUCGCCGAGCUCCGCGCCGACCGCGGUCCCGAGCGCACCGACGGCCCAGCCCAGCUUCGGGCGCAGCUCGUAUGUCCAGGUCGUGCUGGCCGCGCACGCGACGGACAGCAAGGUCGCCCAAGUGUACGUCGAGCUUUCGUCCGACGUCGGCGAGUUCACGUCCGUCCUCGUGACCGCGACGGCGAACGUGGAGCUCGUCGAGGCGCGGCUCGCCGGCGACGAGGGCACGUUCUUCCGGACCGAGGACGACGUCGGCUGGUUCGGGCAGGCGCGCGCGUCGGGCCACUGGGCGGACCUCGUCUUCGGCGACGGCUUCGACUUCGACACGCUCGACGUGUCGUCCGUGUCCAUCUCCGAUUCGCGGCGCCGGAGCGUGGGCGAGGACGCGAUCGUCGUCUACGAACGAGCGGGAGGCUCCGACGAAGCCCUCGUCGUGGCGCGGCUCCUGGCCGGGUCCGAAGACCAGCUGGAGAUCUCCGUCAUCUCCGCCGCGACGCUCUGCGCGGUCGGCUUCGGCUGGCAGGCCAACGCCAACACAACAUCGUACGAAAAGAGCUUCUCCGGCAGCGUCGUCGCGAACCUCGCGGGCGAGCGCGUGGCCAUGUACACGACGGACUGCCUCGAGGGCGGACGCGCGCACGAGCUCGUCACGCUCCGCUUCGACGACGAGUUCUUUAUCGAGCGCUUCGGAUUCCUCGAGCUGGUCGCGACGAACGCCGCGGGCGUCUCGCUGCCGAGUGUGUCGUCUUUGGUCUACCUCAGCUCCGAGGCGGCGACGCAGACGCCGACGCUCGCGCCGACGCUGACGCCGGCGCCGACGCGCGUCCCGACGACCGCGCCGACGGUCUUCGAGACCUUCUGCGGAUCCGUUCCCGGCGACGUCGACGGCCUCGACGGCGUCGACCUCCUGCUCGAACCCGCGCCCGAGGGCGGCGUCGCCAUACACGUCGACGCCGAGUCCUACGCCGCCCUGUCCAUCAAAUUCUCCGCGACUCUCCAGAACUACACGUCCGCGCUCUCCCACGGCGAGUUCGUCCAGGGCGCGUCGGGCAUCUCGUGGUUCUCGACGGAGUCCCAGCCCUCGGGGACCUUCGCCGUCGCCUACUUCCCGGAGGGCUGGGCCGAGGUCGUCGAGGUCGUCGUCGGCGACGCGGACGGCGUCGCGUACGACGUCGCGAUCGUCGUCGCGCCGACGCCGACGCCCCAGCCGACCUCCCGGCCGACGCCCCGGCCGACGCCCAAGCCGUCCACUGCGCCGACGCCCCGGCCGACGCCCAAGCCGUCCACUGCGCCGACGCCCAUUCCUGGAGAUCCGAGCGCUGCACCCGUGUUCGCGCCGACGCCCCAGCCGACGCCCCAGCCGACGCCCCAGCCGACGCCCCAGCCGACGCCCCGGCCGACGCCCCAACCGACGCGGAAGCCGACGUGGAAGCCAUCGCCCCAACCGACGCCCCAGCCGACGCCCGCGCCGUCAGUCUCGACGGUCGCUAUCGACUUCUGCGAAGACAGCACGUCUUGGUACUUCAAGAAAACGAAAAACACGUGCUCGGAAUACGUCUCGAAGAAGGCGAAGAACUGCAAGAAGCGGGACGAGUUCGAUGUCAAGGGCCAGGUCGCGUGCCCAGCGACGUGCGGCGAGUGCGAGGUCGAGGUCGACGACGCCGUGUGCGCCGACUCGACGAGCUGGUACUGGAAGAAGAGUAAGUACGACUGCGACUACGUCGCGAAGAAGUCGAAGCUGUGCAAGAGCAAGUACGCGGACGAGAGCGACGUGUCGAGCAAGGAGCAGCGCAAGGAGGCCUGUCCCGUCGCGUGCGGCGAGUGCGAGGAGGAGUGCGCCGACUCAUCAUCUUGGUACUUCAAAAAGACGAAGAAUACAUGCGAGAAGUUUGUGGCCAAAAAGGCGAAGAACUGCAAGAAAACGGAUAGCUUCGACGUCGCGAAGACGCUCGAGGCGGCCGGCGGCGGCGACGACGGCGGCGCGCUCCGCGCGCUCCUCUGCGACGCGCUCCUGGGCGUCGCCGUCGCGCGCCGCGACCUCGGCGACGACGCGGGCUUCCGCGACGCCGCGGGCAAGUACCUCGGCGCCGGCGGCGACGCGGCGGCGCUGCCCGCCGAGGAGGCGGCGACGCAGAGCUACGAGCCCUGGUCCCAGAGCGACGAGGCGCUGACCAUGCCCUUCGAGCUCAAGCAGGAGCCCGACGACGCGCCGCGGCCCGCGGCGCGCGCGCGCCUCGCCGUCGCGCCGCGGCCCGCGCCCGACGCGGGCGGCGGGCUCCGGCGCCGCUUCGUGCACCUCCGGCUCCCGGCGGGCUUCGCGGUCCUCGACGGCCGCGCCGCGCCGCCCCGGGGCGGCGCCGGCGGCGGCGGCGGGACGGGGAACGGCGGCGGCGGCGGCCACGGCGGCACCGGCGGCGGCCACGGCGGCACCGGCCACGGCGGCGGCGGCGGCGGCGCGCGGCGCCGAAAUUUUGAUUUCUUUGCCGUUUUUCUCUGUUCAAAUACCGCUAGGAACAAUUAUAAGUAA